GCUAGUUCAACAAACCAUAUCUUAAAAUGUUUCGCUUGCUUUUGGCAUUAAUUUGUGCAUUUUCUUUUCCAUAUUUCUUAAGUACGGAAGGUCGAGAAGCAUGGAGAAAGACAGUGAAGGGUCGAGUGAUGUCCAACGUCAGCAUGACACUCUACUGGUGGAUCCAGCAACACUUUCCAUAUGAAUUGGUAAAGGACGAGGACGAAUGGGAUGCAAUCGGCGGUGAUGUGUUCGAGAAACCAGAAAUAAUUUGAAUAUCAUAAAA